AUGAACCCUACGGAUGAAGCCUGUCAGCUUUACCCACAUGAAAAGGAUGAGACUUAUCAUGCUUCUGUUCAAGCUUGCCGUAUUUGUCGUCAACGCUUCAACGUUACUUAUCGGCUACCUCGUGGUUCUGAAGAUGACCCAGUCUGCAAUCCUUCCGAUCUGAACGCUUGCUCAUCAGGGGCCACAGCUCCAUGGCUUCCCCUUAACGUCUGCCUGCAAAUCAAAGCAGCCGGCACCGUUUUCGUGCCACCUGUUCGCCCUGCCGCCAAUGUACAUCAGCGUCCUGCCGGUGACUUCGCCACUUCGCGCCCAACAGGGCUGGCUUCUGAGCGACUAGCCUUCGACGAGAUGGAGGGUGAAUCGAUAUGGAUGCAGACGGACUGGGCUGUGGGACGCUCCCGACCGGCACGGCAGUGGAUCAAGCCACCAACCUUGUCCAAAUUCGCCCGCCUAGCCCAUCAGUGGACCUCAAUAAUACUGCUGCCUGGAAGUCAUCACAGGUCGUCAGCCUACCCGUAG